AUGCAACGAUCUCCCCCUUUUGGUUCGCAUGCUGAUGUGAGAACACUCACCCAUGAACUGACCAUUCAGGUGAAGGGUCUGGAUGAGGUCACUACCAAAGAAGAAGUCCACGGUGCUUUGGUUGAUCAGUUUCCAGACGCAAAGGAUUUACCUGCAUCAGUAGUUACAUUCCUGACACCAGCAUAUGGGGAACACAGGUUUUUGGAAUUUACUGGUGAAUGAUUUGUAAUAGAUUACUAAUUGUUUGAAGAUUACUUGGUUAAUUUUAGAUUAUUUUAGUUCAGGUUUGUUAAUUUCAAGAUGACGUUGUCUUUGUUAGCUGAAUAUGAUGAUAUAAAUCGCUUAACAAAUGUUUUGCUUGAUGGAUCCUGUGAGCCAGAAUUUCUGCGCUUUGCACUUGGUGUGGAAGAGCUUCGCUUGAAGUUAAUGGCAGCUCAGAAAGAAUGCUCCCGCUUAAUGCAAGAAGUCCAGGCAGCAAAUGCUGCUAGAACAGAAUCGGAGCGAAAACUCCACACAGCUCGUCAGAUGUUGGAUCUGGAAAGAAAAAAGUCACGAAAAGCAGAAGGAAAAGUCCAGGCAUUGGAAAAUCAAAUGGCAUUAGUGCGAGAUUUAGUGUGGGAUGGUCGAAAUAAACUUCAUGAUGAAACACGUGAACGCCUUGCUUCAGUGUAUAGUCGAGCAAGUCCAUCAGUUGCUUCAAUUGGCAAUAAAGGGAUGGGGGAAUCUCAUGGUCAGAGGAUUCGUGAAUCUGAAGGUGGACUAAGCACCAUUUCUGAAGCCCUGGAUUCAACUGGCUCGUUGCUCUCUGAACUGGGCUACACUCGAUCAGAAGACGAGUUGGAAGGAUCAUUACGUCACAGUAAAGGUUGGCGCAAGCAUCGUCCAUCUAACCCUUUAGAUGCUCCAUCAGGUCCCAAAAAACCUCGUUCCAGUUUCACCACAUUCCAAUCAGUGCAGUCAUCUGAGGCAAAUGGAUUGGCUGUACAGUCAAAAGAAUGCUUGAUAGCAACCACUACAGUGACUAUGCCCCGAGAAGGUCCUGUAACAGCAAAAUCAACAAUUGAAACCAUCUCUAAUGAAGAGAAAUCAACAUACUCAAAGACUCCAUUGCGAAGACCGCUUUCUACAACUCAACCAACAGCUACCCCUGUUCCAUCAGCACCGCCCAAGCAGAUUUCUUCCAGUGAGUCUGAGGAAUCUAUGAUUUGUGUCAAAGAGCCAGCAGUUGUGCAUCUGCCUAGUCCUUAUCAUUCUGGAAUAAAUUUUGCCCGUGACAAAAUUAACAGCAGAGUUCAUACUUUUUGUCAAAAGACAAUGGUGAAAGCUGAUAUGUGUGAACCAUGUGGCAAACGGAUAAAGUUUGGCAAACUCGCUGCAAAAUGCAGAGAAUGUCGUGCUACUGUUCAUUCAGAAUGCCGAGACAAACUUCCUUUACCAUGCGUUCCAGCUACCUGCACACCUACACAAAAAGGAGUUCUGGGGUACAUAUCCGAUUUCACUCCUAAUGUGCCACCGAUGAUACCAGCACUUAUUCUCCAUUGUGUGAACGAAAUCGAAGCUCGAGGUUUGAAGGAAGUUGGUAUUUACAGAGUAUCUGGCUCAGAACGUGAUGUGAAAAAUCUGAAAGAAAAAUUCUUGAGGGGACGCGGUGCACCUAACUUAUCAUCUGUGGAUAUCCACGUAAUAUGUAGUCUUGUUAAAGAUUUUUUGCGAUCUCUACGUGAGCCAUUGGUUAUGCCAUCCAUGUGGUCAGACUUUGUACGUUGUGUGGAACCUUCAGAAGAAGCUGAUCAGCAAGCUCGAUUGUAUCAGGUGGUGUCAGAGCUUCCAAGGCCUAACAGGGACACACUGGCUUUCAUACUCCUUCAUCUUCAAAGAGUUUCAGAGUGCCCUGAGUGCAAGAUGCCAGCUUCCAACUUGUCAAAAAUUUUUGGCCCAACCAUUGUGGGCUAUUCAUGCCCGAACCCGGAACCUCAACAAAUGAUGAAAGAAACCAUGCAACAAGUUGAGGUUAUGUCUCUCUUGAUGAAAACACCAUCCAGCUAUUGGGCCUGUCAUGUAAAUUCAGCACAGGAAAAUCAAACUCCUGAAAUGAUAGGCUUACGCAGUCGUAACCCUUCAUCUUCUUCCAUUCAGCGAACUGGCGGCUUUUUCAGUACUCCAAUAGGAACAUUUAGAAGUGCCAGGAAAGGAAAGUUCUUCAGUCAGCUGUGAUAAUACAACAUUACACAAUGUACCAGUCAGGAGUACAGUAACAUACAUUGUAUACAAAAAGUAGUUAUUAUGAACAUUAAUACAGCUAAAGGAAUCCACAGAAGUUUUCUAUUUUUGGGGUGGUUCAAGUUUCUCUCUACACUAUUGUUAUGUGAUAAUACACCUUCAUCCACCUCAAAGGAUUGGAUAUAGUACCUAUGUGGUUUGUAAUUGUGUAGUUACCCUGCAUUUAUUAGCAUUAACAUUUGUAAUGUUAUUUUUUACUUAUUUAACCUUGUACAAAUAUUUUCAUAGUUCUAGAUUAGGAAUAGUUGAAUAAACUUUGGUGCAGUUAAUUUUGACAUUCAGGAGGAACUACUUUCAGCCUGCUUUAAUAAUACUGUUUCAAUAAUAUUAAUUUCUUAAUCAGUCUAGUAUUAACAUUAGGUUAAAAUAGAAAAAUAAUCUGUGCGUUUAGCACAUUUUUGUUAUAGUCAGCAAAAAGCUCUCUUCUCUAAAAUGUGUCCAUAUGUGGUUUGUGUCUAAUUUUUAAAUUUUAUUUUAUAUUUGUAAAAAAAAA